AUGCCACGUAUUCAAGAUGCGCCUGUGAAUGCUGCGCUGAAUGCCGCACUUGCGCUAGGAUGCACUAUUGCGCCGUACUCCACGUUUGACCGCAAGCACUACUUUUACGCCGAUUUGGCGCAAGGCUACCAAAUCACGCAGCAACGAGCUCCAUUUGCACGUGCAGGACAAGUAUCGAUACGAUUUGAGGAUGGAUACCUAAAAUCCGAGGACGAAGCACUGGAUGUGCCCAUUCUCCACGUCCAGCUCGAGCAGGAUACGGCGAAAUUGACACGAGUUGCCCUUGAUACCGUUGGAGGCAAUACUCACCAUGCAAACUUGCUUGACUUUAAUCGCGCUGGCGUUGCACUGAUCGAAAUCGUCAGCGCGCCCGUUAUGCAUACCCCCGAGCAGGCCGGCGCCUAUGUCCGCAAAGUGCGCGAUUUACUGCGCUGUGUCGGUGCAUCGGACGGCAACAUGAAUGAAGGCUCGCUCCGGUGCGAUGCGAAUGUAUCGAUACACAAGAUUGGUACACCUUUUGGCGUGCGGUGCGAGAUCAAGAAUGUGAACAGUGUCAAGUUUAUGAUGCAAGCAAUUGCGUACGAGAUUCAGCGACAGUAUAAAGAAAUUGCGAGCGGUAAGGUAGUGCACCAGGAGUCACGCGGAUUUGAUGAGGCGAGCGGAAAGACGUACUCCAUGCGCUCAAAAGAGCUGGCGGAAGAGUACCGCUACAUGCCAGAGCUGAACCUUGGACCCUUGUAUGUGGACGAGAAGCGUGUCGCUGUACUGCGUGCAGCGCUACCAGAACUGCCCGAUGCUCGACAUGCACGGCUCCGGGACCAGUAUGGGCUCUCUAUCCGCGACGUGAAUGUUCUCACGCGCGUGAAUGCGGAAGACGACGGAGUGGAUGCGCCUGCGUCUAUGCGCAUGCGCAAUGCCGCCUACACGUACCACGAUCAUGCGGUGGAAUUUUUCGAAGUGCUUGUACAGCGUGGUAUUGCCCCGCAAGCGGCAGUAAACUGGACGAUCCACCACCUGUUGCGUCAGCUGAAUGCGGCCUCAAUUCCAUUCAAAUACAGCCCGAUCCCCCCCUCGCUGCUCGCAGACGUGAUUGAAUUGGUCGAACAGGAGUCUAUUACAGCUGAAACGGCUCAGAAACUUUUGGGAGACAUGGUAAAGACGCAAACAAUCCCUGUGGAUCUGCGGGAAUUUGUCGCGAGGCACAAUAUGGCCAAAUUGAGUGAGGAGGAACUGCAUACACUAUGUGCAAACGUCAUUGCCGACCAUCCGAAGGACGUUGAGGCCAUACGGAACGGUAAGUCCAAGGCAAUGAUGAAACUUGUUGGCGCUGCGAUGCGCAGCUCCAACGGCCGUGCCGACGCCCAGGCGGCAGCCCAACGACUGCAGGCAUUGAUAGAGUUGUAG